AUGACAACUACUCACAGUUCAUUCUCCAUUCGAUCAGUCCUUGAGAAGGAAAAGUUGAAUGGAUCGAAUUUCCUUGAAUGGUACCGAAACCUGAGAAUUGUUCUCAAACAGGAGAAAAAGGACUAUGUCUUGGAAAAGAAACUUCCUGAAAAACCUAAAACAAAUGCUCAACAUGCAGAGAGGAAUGCUUGGGAGAAACAUUCCAAUGAUAUGGUUGAUGUGUGUUGUCUUAUGUUGGCUACCAUGAACUCGGACUUGCAGAAGCAAUAUGAGAACGUGGAUUCGCCAAUUGACAUGAUCACUAGCCUGAAGGGUAUGUUUCAGGAGCAAGCACGAACUGAGAGAUACCAAACGGUUAAAACUCUCAUUGAGUGCAAGCUUCCUAAGAACAGUCCAGUUAGCCCUCAUGUCAUUAAGAUGAUGGGUUAUAUUGAUAACUUGGCAAAACUGGACUGCCCAAUCAGCCAAGAGUUGGCCACUGACCUCAUUAUGCAGUCAUUGCCGUCAAGUUUUGAUCAGUUUGUUAUGAACUAUAACAUGAACAACAUGACAAAGACUUUGACUGAGCUGCAUGGGAUGCUUAAAUCUGCUGAACCCAACAUCAUGAAGGACACCCCUCACGUCCUAAUGGUACAAGGGGGUAAGAAGUUUAAGAAACAUGGUAAGGACAAGGGAAAGGGCAAGGCAAGCUGGGUUAAGAACCCAAGCAAUUCCGAACCUACUCCUAAGACCAAACCUGGUCCUUCUGGUGAAGACAAGUGUCAUUAUUGUAAUGAUUCUGGUCAUUGGAAGAGAAACUGCAAGAAAUACUUGGAAGAUCUGAAAAAGAAGAAGAAGACUUUUGAGACUUCAUCUUCAGGUAUUUAUGUUAUAGAAGUAAAUGUUGCUACUUCCAGUUCUACUUCAUGGGUAUUAGAUACCGGCUGUGGUGCUCAUAUUUGUGUUAAUAUGCAGGGCCUAAGCAACAGUAGAACUUUGGAGAAAGGACAAGUGGACCUGCGUGUGGGAAAUGGAGCAAGAGUUGCUGCAUUAGCUAAUGAAGUACAAAACCAGCUUGGUAAAACAAUCAAAGCCCUUCGAUCAGAUCGAGGAGGAGAGUAUUUAAGCCAAGCUUUCAUUGACCAGCUUAAGGAGUGUGGAAUUGUUUCACAACUCACUCCUCCUGGAACACCACAAUGGAAUGAAAAUAAGCUUGGACCCAAAUCUGAUAAAUGCUUCUUUGUUGGUUAUCCAAAAGAAACUAAAGGUUAUUACUUUUACAACCCUGCCGAGACCAAAGUGUUUGUUGCUCGAAAUGGUGUCUUCCUGGAAAGAGAAUUUCUUUCUAAGAAGAACAGUGGGAGUGAAGUACAACUCGAAGAAGUUCGAGAGACACAUGAGGCUCCGACUUCCCAGGAAGAGCCUCAGUUAGAUUUACGAGCAGUCGUAGUAUCUACACCUGUGGAACCUGAAGUACGUAGGUCCGAAAGGGCUCGUCACGAACCUAAUAGAUAUGGGGUUUGGGUGACAGACGAUCAUGAUCUAUUUCUAAUAGAAAGUGAUGAACAUACGUCUUUCGAGGAAGCAAUGAUGGGCCCUGAUUCCGAAAAAUGGCUAAAAGCCGCAUAUUCCGAAAUGGAUUCCAUGUCAGAAAACCAAGUAUGGACUUUGGUUGAUUUACCUGAUGGUGUUAAAGCCAUUGAGUGUAAAUGGGUUUUCAAGAAGAAAAUUGACAUGGAUGGUAAUAUUCAGAUAUAUAAAGCUAGAUUGGUGGCAAAAGGUUAUAAACAAAUUCAUGGUGUAGACUAUGAUGAAACCUAUUCCCCAGUUGCAAUGCUUAAAUCCAUUCGGAUUCUCCUAGCUACUGCCGCUUAUUAUGAUUAUGAGAUAUGGCAGAUGGACGUGAAAACAGCUUUCCUUAAUGGAAAACUCGAAGAGGAUGUAUACAUGAUACAACCUGAAGGUUUCACAAGUCCUGAAAAUGCUGGGAAAGUAUGCAAACUUCAACGUGCCAUUUAUGGGUUGAAGCAAGCAUCUCGGAGUUGGAAUCUUCGUUUUGAUGAAGCAAUCAAAGAGUUUGAUUUCAUUAGAAAUGAAGAAGAACCGUGCGUUUACAAGAAGACUAGUGGGAGCGCAGUUGCAUUUUUGGUAUUGUAUGUAGAUGACAUAUUUCUCAUUGGGAAUGAUAUUCCUUUACUUAAGUCUGUAAAGGCUUGGCUAGGAAGUUGUUUUUCAAUGAAAGACAUGGGAGAAGCUGCUUAUAUCCUUGGAAUAAGAAUCUAUAGAGAUAGAUUGAAUAAACUUAUUGGACUUUGUCAAGACACUUAUAUAGAUAAGGUCUUGCACAGGUUUAGUAUGCAUGAUUCCAAGAAAGGCUUUCUACCAAUGUCUCAUGGCAUUUCUCUUAGCAAGACGCAGUGCCCUUCGACACAUGAUGAGCGAGAGCGCAUGAGUAGAAUCCCAUAUGCUUCUGCUAUAGGAUCUAUCAUGUAUGCCAUGCUUUGUACUCGUCCAGAUAUUGCAUGUGCUUUGAGUAUGACGAGUAGAUACCAAUCAGAUCCAGGUGAGAGUCACUGGACAGCAGUCAAGAAUAUCCUUAAGUAUUUAAGAAACACUAAGGAUAAGUUUUUGGUCUAUGGAGGAAGUGAUGAACUUGUUUUGAGUGGUUACACUGAUGCUAGUUUUCAGACAGACAAAGAUGAUUUCCGUUCUCAAUCUGGAUUUAUCUUUUGUCUUAAUGGAGGCGCUGUGAGCUGGAAGAGCUCCAAGCAAAGCACCGUGGCAGACUCAACAACUGAAGCUGAAUAUAUUGCUGCUUCUGAAGCGGCAAAGGAGGCUGUUUGGAUUAGGAAAUUCAUUACUGAACUAGGUGUGAUUCCUAGUAUUUUUAGCCCGGUGGAUCUCUAUUGUGACAACAAUGGAGCCAUUGCCCAGGCAAAGGAACCUAGAUCACACCAGAAAUCCAAACACAUUGAAAGGCGAUAUCAUCUCAUUCGUGAUAUUGUUGAUAGAGGAGAUGUGAAGAUUAGCAGAGUCUCAACGGAUGCAAAUGUUGCUGAUCCUUUGACGAAGCCUCUUCCACGGCCUAAGCACGAGAGUCAUACUACUGCUAUAGGCAUUAGAUUUCUUAAACAGUGA